AUGGCACGAGAUUCCUCAAGCAGGCCAGAUGGGCCAGUAGCAGGGCCGUCAUCCCAGCCCGAUACUUCUGCCCCAGGUAUGCCAACGCCGGAGCAACUCGCCGAAGACCCAAAUGCCACCGAUGCACAGGUCCCGCACCCGCCACCCUUCUACCAUGCAGCAUCACAAGCAGCUACUGCAUCCAUUGCAUCCAUACGCUCGUCACUGCACCGCUUCCCCACCCCCAUCCUCAAAAUCCAACGUGUCAACCAGCUCGACGCCGAGCUGCUGGACCGCGAACUCGCCGAGCUGCUCCUCGACCCUGUGAAAAAAGCGCUUGGCUCCAUCCGCUCCACGCUUUCUUCUGACCUUGAACCCGAGCUUUUGCUGCUACUGAAACUGGCGCUCUUCAAAUUCAGUAUCGUCGAUCGUGGGGCGUCGUACGGAUCCAUGCUGCAGAACCUCAGGUAUCGCAACGAAUGGGCGCAUCGCGGCGCGUUGCAAUCCACUGCGCGCGAUCAGCCGCUCUCAAGGCUUCAGCUUGCACUCUAUCCACUCCUCACCAUCGUCGCACCCUACGCAGGUGCCAAGUGGCAGGAUCACAUGACGUCGCUCAGCUACUCGGACAUGCCCAACAACGAUCCCCGGCGGCUGCUUUGGAAGCUCACCGAUGCGUCGCAGCGAGUUUGGUCCGCAGUGGUGCUCGCCAACUUUGCGGUGUUCUUGGCGGACGGCAAAUUUAGGAGUGUGGCAGAUCGACUUUUGGGGAUGCGCCUGACAUAUGCGCAGAGGACGAUGAACAGAAAUGUCUCGUUCGAGUUUCUGAACAGGCAGCUGGUAUGGCAUGCUUUUACCGAGUUUUUGCUCUUCUUGCUGCCGUUGGUUAGGCCAAAGCGACUGUUCAGGAGACUGAUGAAGCUGCCUACUCAUCCGAAGCUGUUGGCGCUCGUGUGGCGGUUCUUGCCCUUGGCGAUCAGCAGGAGACUGGGCAUGCGCCAGGAUGCAGCGGGCCGGACGCGAUUCAGCAGAGAUAACGUAUCCAUGCCCGUCGUCAAGCAGAUCGUCAGAACCAAGUCGAGCAACAAGACCGACCUCACGGAAGAAGCAGAUUCAGACAUCGGGCCAUAUCACCACCUGCCACUAGAGGUCUGCGCGAUCUGCUACCAGCGCAUCGAAACGCAGACAGGCCUUCGACGCGACCCAACCAAGAUUGGUACCGAGGGUCUCAGCAUGGGCAUCCCCACGUCGGACCCGCUCGAUCCCAGCUCCGGCCUCCUGGCGCCCAACCGGCCCUCGUCCACUUCGCAGCCGCUCAACGCGAAUACUGGAUCGCUCAGCUCAGAUCCAGCAAGAAACGCAGUACUAGGUGUCUCACCCGAAGGGAUCGCGUACGCAGAUGCGAUCGUCACGACGCCUUACGAGACGCUACCGUGCUGCCAUAGAUACUGUUAUGUGUGUAUUGCCAAGCAGUUGUUGGAUGAAGAGAUGGAGGACGAGCUGGAUGAAGAAGACGAGGAGGGCAGGAGGGGAUGGAAGUGUUUGAGGUGUAACGUGAGGGUAAGGGAGACUAGGAGGGCUGGUGUUGGGGAGCCAGAUGAGGAGGAGGGUGGUGGAGAUUGGGAUGAUGAGGACGGGGAGGAGAAAGCAGAUUGA